CCACUUCAGCUAUAUAUAUUUUAUGCUAAACAUGGCAAGAUUUUUGCUUUUUACUCAGUUCCUACUUCUGUCUUUUGCAGUCUUUUCACUGGCAUCUGGCUCCAGUCUAAUUAAAGCAGUCCCUAAAAGUCAGAGAGCUGCCGGAGUCUUCAUGCUUAUCGAAGGAGGAAAGUAUACCUUCAACUUCACUGCUGCCAAAGCCGCCUGCCUAUCUCUGAACGUCACCAUAGCGACACGAACCCAGAUAGAGCGAGCAGUGCAGCGUGGACUGGAGAUGUGCAAAUUCGGCUGGAUAGAUGGACAGGUCGCGGUCAUCCCACGAAUAACAGCUGAUAAAAAUUGUGGAAAGGGAAAAACUGGGGUGGUGCUGUGGUACGCAAGAGCAGAUCAAAAGUUUGGUGUCUUCUGUUUUAAUGCAUCAGAUUUAGAGAAAUCUCCAAAAACAUCAACAGCCAGCCCACAAACCUCCUCAUUUUCUAAAUCACUGGUGGCACUGACCCAAACCUCAAGAUCUGCUGCAACACCUCUGCUCAGAUUAACAACCAAGUCUCCAUCUUCCAGGAAGCCAAAAACAACAGAAUCCCCUCAACAUAUACCUCUCACCUCAUCCUUUACUCUCCUGUUCAUGACAACACCUUCAACUGGAUUCUCCCCCACCUCCCCUCCUCUUAAACCUGUCUCCACCCGUACUUCUACUUCUCUUUCUAACCUCAUCACUUCUUCACCUGCUGUUACUAAUUUUGCCUCUUCAACUUCUGUUCACGCCGCCAAUUUCUCUGUUUCCUCUGAAUCGGUGCCGCUGCAGACUGUGAGCUCUGCAAAGCCUUCUUUAGGAGCUGUUACUAUAGUGAUCAUCAUCCUUGGCAUCAUCCUUCUGAUUCUGACUGCAGCAGGUGCUGUCUGGUACUACAAACUGAGUAUUUUCCACUGUCGGUCUCAGGGGCAGCAGAAGGACGACAUAGAGACGGAGAUGUGGAAGCACACCGACAGUGAGAUGGACCUUCACGGUCAACAAGGAGCAGAGGAGGAAGACGACGGAGAAGAAACAGACAGGAAGUACUCCAGUGACGUCAUGCUGUUUGUGAAUCCAGACAUCAAAACAAACUCUGCGGAGUAGCUUUGUGAUCUUUCUGAAGGGGAUUUUCUACAGAGGAACGUAUGAAUUGAUACCACAGCGUUUUCUGAUUAAUGUCAGAAAACGAUCUAGUCUUUGACAGAAUGGAGGAUUUACUUGCUUUGAAUGGUUUAUUUUGCUUUUCAAAGUCAUAGUAAAUAUGCACAUAGAUUAUACAGCCUUUUCUUCAAACCUUAUUCAGUUGUAUGUUCCUCUGUGUUUUGUGUGCAAGGACGUAGGAUUUUAUCUCAUAGCCUAAAGAUCGUGUUUAUAAUUUUUUUUUCA